UUUUCCACUCUGACAAAUUAAGUCAUACACAUCCAUCCACCCUCCAUCUCUUCUCAACCCAAAAAACAUGAACUCUUAUUACACCAUUUUCCAAAAACUCAUUACACUCUCACUCACAUUAUUGAUCAUCUCAAUCUCUCCAUCAUCUCAACAACAGAUCUCAACCGUUGAUCUCAAUGCACUUCAACAACUCACAUACACACUAACCGACUUAAAAAAAUCCAACGGUUUUUUCUCCUCAUGGGACUUCACCUCACCGGAAAACAUCUGCACCUCAUUCGCCGGCGUCACCUGCUCCGUCGUCAACGGGGAGACACGUGUCACUUCCCUCUUCCUCGGCACUGGACUUUCCGACUCACCAGGUCUCGCCGGCACCAUAUCCGACACAGCUAUUUACCAGCUCACCGAGUUAACUCAGUUCAUCCUCUAUCCAGGAAUCGUCACCGGAUUCAUUCCGGAGAGUAUCGGUUUCCGGUUGCCAAACCUCCGUGUGUUAUCUCUAACUAACAACCGUCUCACCGGAAGUAUCCCGGAGUCAAUAACCGAGCUCAAAAAGCUUCAUACACUGGAUCUAAGUCAUAACAGACUCACCGGUGUGAUUCCGGCGAUCCUGACGUCAUCGUUACUGGAGCUGAGAGUGCUAGUGUUGUCAUUCAAUAACCUCGCCGGAGAAAUACCGGAAUUCUCGGAUGAAUCACGGCUCAUUCAUUUGGAUUUAAGAAGUAAUUUGUUAUCGGGAACAUUACCUGAAACGACGCCGUUUACGCUCCGUUAUUUGUCGUUAUCGAGUAACGGUCUGUGGGGCCCAAUAGAAAAUUUAAUAAAAUCAUCAUCAUAUUUAGUGUAUCUUGAUUUAAGCAUGAACAAAUUUAGUGGGCCCAUUCCUGACUCUUUAUUCCGUUGUUCAUUUCUUUCAUCAAUGUAUCUUCAACGGAAUAAUUUCUCCGGCGAGCUCCGUUUAUCAUCACCUUUGCCGGCGGUUUUUCUCGGUCCAGGAUCGACGGUCGAUCUCAGUCAUAAUUUUCUCUCUGGCGAGAUCCCGGAGUUUUUAUCAGGUGUUGAGACAUUGUUUCUGAAUAAUAACCGGUUUGCCGGGAAAGUGCCGGAGAGUUACGUCGGAAAUGUGAUUGCCGGAAAGAUGAGGACAUUGUAUCUGCAGCAUAAUUAUCUAGCGGGGUUUCCGAUGAAGGAAAGUGUGGUGCCGGAUGGAGUGGCGUUGUGCUUAAGUUAUAAUUGUAUGGUCCCACCGGCGGUGGGGCUAACGGCGUGCCCGGCGAGUGCAGGUGGUCCGGUUUCUAGACCGGUUAGACAGUGCUCUGUGUUUAGUAAUGGGUAGUAUAAUCAUGAUCAUCUUCAUGUACUAUAUCUAUUUUACUAUAUCUAUAACUAUACAUUAAUUAUACAA